CCGCCCGGAACAGCCCACGGGUUCGGCUCUCCCUGACGUGGCGAGCCGCUAAAGGUCCGCAGGUUGCUCCGUGGGCUGCGGCGAUUGGGCGGCCUACCUGCUCGGCACUUUUGACGAAAAAAUGUAAAUAAACAGGUGGCAACGGCAUGGGCGAAAGUGUGGUUUAUGUAAAUGAAAGAGAAGUGAAAGGGCGUCAUUCGGUUUCCAGGCUCAACCAGUCUUUCAGACGCAAUGGUUGGCAGAUAGUUGGAGAGAAGGCUUUGGAUUUUAAUACGAGGUGCCAGCUGCGCAGCCAUGCCUCAGCUCACGGCCACGGCGGUGCUGCAGCUCGUGCUCCUGCUGUCCGCUGUGCCCGCGCAGUACUACAUCUCCCGCUGGAGCGGCUCCACGGUGGCGCAGCGCUACCACGCGAGCACACGGUUGCUUAGAAUUUGGAAGGAUUGGAGGACAUCGCACCUCAACGUCACUGCAUGGAUGGACUGGGCAGACCAGCAGAUGUCCAAAGUCACGUCUUUGAUUGACUUUGGACAGGAAGUGGCACCAGAGUCCCUUGCCAUAGAGGCCAUGAUUUUUGACAAUGACCAGGAAUUCUUUGGAGCAUCCAAGACGGUGCGCAGCCCCCGCCCCCCGUACGUGUUUCUGCGGGUCGGAGAGGUGGUGAUGGAGAGGAAGGGCUACAUGGUUGGGGUGGUGGUGAGCUGGGACUCCGAGCUCAGAGCCCCCCCACAGUGGGUCGACCGAGUGUAUUCCAGCUCUGAGGGUCCUAAAGCAGAGAAGACACCUCAUUAUAAAGUACUGUUCAACGGGCCUGGAGCCUCCUCUGUGUUCGUUGGAUACUUGCCUCAGACACAACUGGAGCGCGUCACUGGGAUGAGGCCGGACAUUCCCACCUUGGAGAAUUACUUCACGCAUUUUGACGGGGAGCGGUUCGUCAUGCAGCCCUGGCUUAGAGAGCUCUUCCCUGAGGAUGGGAAUGAGGACGCCUGAAUGUUCAGCUGUGUGUGUGUGUGUAUGUGUGUGUGUGUGUGUGUGUGUGUGUGUGAGAUCAUACAGGUGACAUGAGAUAUGCAAUGUUAAAUACACCAGAGGAAACAUGGCUUUUCCUUCUAUGUGUGUUUUCUGACUUUCUAAAGGUGUUUAAUAAGAGACAAUUCUCUACUUCUUUAUUCGUCCAAGAAAUCUACUGGAAUCUAUCAAUCUUUGUUGAAAUGACUGGAAGCUCAAGCUUUGAGCAGAUUGAGGAUAAAUAUCAAAUCCCUCCUUGCUGGAUCUCGAUGUGAGGGUGUCUUUUGCAGGUUUGGAAUAACACUGGGACUCACUUAUGCAAUGUUGUUACAGUAUGUACCUUUACCACUUUGAAGUAUAAAGUCUUUUAAUUUGAUGUGCCAAAAAAUAGAGCUAGAAACAUCUGAUUUAAUGUUAUCUUGAUUUUAAGUUAAAUUACAGUAAAUACUUGAAAUGACACCAUUGCUUUCAAAUCUAUGUAGUUUUUUUCUGUUACAAGACUGUUGGCUGAGGUAGAAAAA